AUGAAGAAACGGGAGAAAAUACUCUCGCCUCAGUCAAGUCCGUCACUGAUGGUGUCGUGGCUGCUUGCGUUGGCUGGAGAUUCCCGCGGCUCAAUGUCACUAUCCGCAGCCGAUGAUGGAGGCGAUAUCACCGUCUUCCACUGGUACACGCACGCCGCACUGCAAAAACGCUCCGACAACUUCCCGGAGUCAUAG